UCUGUCUUGCUCAAACAGUACGAACAUCUGCAACUGUAACUAGCUAAAUUGUAUCAUCAAGCAUGGACCAUUUUCACUAGAUCGGCAUCACUGUACUAAUUAAAUGUUUUAAAACGACUGCCUAAAGGAUCUAAACUCACUGAAGGAAAUUACCAAUGGCAGAGUUGUUUCUGAUAUGAUGCGCAUGCGCAUACACAUGUACAGUUCUCCACGUUGGACUAGACGCAAUCAAUACAUAGUUGAGUUACAAGAUUCUCCAGUUGUAUUGAAUACAUUGUAUGAAGUUCAUUAAACGGCAAAUAUAAAGUUGCUGCUUUGUGUGGACUUCGACAGAAGAACAUGCUAAAUCCGGCAAACGGUGACCCAGUCCACGUCGUUACAAAUUAUGUGGAAGAAUAUUUGGACUUGGUCGAAUCACUACCAUUCGACCUACAGAGGAGCGUGUCUCUUAUGAAAGAAAUUGACGCAAAAUACCAAGAUGUCCUGCAGGAGCUGGAUGAUGCUUAUGAGCGCUACCGUCGGGAGUCCGACCCUCUCCAGCGGCGCAGAAUGCAGCUGUCCAUCCAGAGAGCUCUCAUCAGCAGCCAGGAGCUAGGAGAUGAGAAGAUCCAGAUUGCUGGGCAGAUGGUGGAAUUGGUGGAGAACCGUAGCCGGCAGGUGGACUGGCAUUCUGAGCUCCUCCACACCUCCCAGGAGAUCCCAGAGAUCCAUGUACCCACAUCAACUGCUAUGACGACGACUACAGCCUCCAUGUCAACGUCAGCAGUGACAACCACACCGGGCAAAGUGGGUCACCACGACAAGAGGCGUGACGAGGCAACGCCAGGCUCAGUCGGUGGAGGGGAAAAGUCUGGCGGGAAACGUUCGCGGCGGCAGAAGAACGGAGAGAACCGGGAGAGCUAUGGAGGCAUGGAUCAUGGUGAUGAGGCGGGCAUGGGGGCAGCCAGGGAAAAGAGGGCCAAAAUGUCAUCGUCCAAGAAGAAGAAGAGGUCAAAGGGCAAAUCAGAGAGGGAGGUGUCACCCCCAGACCUGCCCAUCGACCCAGAUGAGCCCACCUACUGCCUGUGUGAACAGGUGUCUUAUGGCGAGAUGAUUGGCUGUGAUAACGACGAGUGUCCCAUUGAGUGGUUCCACUUCUCCUGUGUGGGGCUACAUCACAAGCCCAAGGGGAAGUGGUUCUGCCCCAAAUGCAGGGGUGAGAAUGAGAAGAUCAUGGACAAGGCCCUGGAGAGGGUGAAGAAGGAGAGGGCCUACAACAGGUAGCUGCUCUACCUGGCCCAGUGAACGUUGUUUGUGGUCAUGUUAGUUUUGUUUUUUGUUAUUGUAUUUUCUACUCCCAAUUAGUAUCAAUGAUGUUUGAAAAUGAAGAAUUGGGGCCUCCCUAGUGGCACUUCAGUCUAAGGCGUCACUACAGACCCGGGUUCAAUCCCAGGCUGUGUCGCAGCCGUCCGCGACCGGGAGACCCAUGAGGCGGCACACAAUUGUCCCAGGUUCUCCGGGUUAGGGGAGGCUUUGGCCGGCGGGUAUGUCCUUGUCCCAUCGCUCUCUUGUCGCUAGUUGUACGGUGUUUCCUCCGACACAUUGGUGUGGCUGGCUUCCGGGUUAAGCAAGCAGUGUGGCUUGGCAGGGUUGUGUUUUGGAGGACGCAUGGCUCUCAACCUUCGCCUCUCCCGAGUCUGUAACUACCAAUUGGAUAUCACAAAGUUGGAAAGGGUUAAAAAGUACAAAUGAAGAAUUAGAAAGAGGGACUUGUCAUUUUAGUAAAGACUGUACUGUAAGAUGGACAUCCUAGUUCAGUACCACUGGUUUAGAGCCGAUAUGUAAUACAGAUUAUUGUAUCAGCCACACCAAUGCUUGUUGACGCUAGUGUAUCAUGCAUGCAACCAUACUAGCCAUAUUGCUCCAUACGAACAAAUAAAACAUUUUAACCAAGAUUGCGUGCUGAAAGUCAUUCUAGACAUGUACUAUAUUACAAGGUGGCUUACAGAUAUGAAUGCAAUGUGCUUCCUAUGUUGAAUUGUCUUUGCAUCAUCUGUAUUUACCAUGGGUUGUGACUGCUGUUUGUUAGAAGAGCCAUCAGUAAUAGGGCUGCUCUAGCAGCAAAAGUUGUUGACAGAUGAUUAAAUUGAUAAUACUCAUGUUUGACUGAUGGCAUGGGGCCUGUAGUUGUGAGGACAGUCACUUGUGACACCAGUAAAAAAUGUUAUUUAAAUGCAUCUUGGCCUGGAGCCCAUUGUGUCUGGUCCAAUGGUAGUAUUCUUGAAGGCCUUGGCAUGUAUAUCAUGAAAUCCUUUGGUCCCUAGUCUGUGCUUACUGUGUCAAAAAUAGCAAAGCAACAACUCAUGUGUACACCAUGCCAUGUAUGCGAUUAGUUUGAUGUUUAAAGAGUUCCUUACCAAUAAACCAUAUUCUCAUUAA